AUGCCGACCACCUCCACAUCCACCAGGUCUGCGCACACUGGCGAGCCUCCACCUCUCCCCCGACCGCCUUCCGCCCGUGGGUCGUGGCCCGCCGCACGGGCCGGAGCAGCCGAUUGCCAGCACCCGGCCACUACUCCGUCUGCCAGCUCCCUCGCCGCCGCCUCCAGCACGAGGUGGAGAUCCGCCACCCCCCGGCCGGGCUUCCCGUACUGCUUCGGCCUGUCUCGCGGCUGGCUCGCCCUAGCCGACAGCGUGCGGUCCCCCACGCGGCUCGUGCUGUGGGACCCGGCCUCCGGCGCCGAGCUCCGGCUCCCGCCCCUGGGCGACCUCGUCCAGGUCUUCCUCUCCGGAGACCCGCUCGCGUCGCCGUCGUCGGACUGGGUAGCGGUCGGGACCCAACUCUAUGGCAACCAGGGGGCGCAGAAGUCCUUCUGGCGGCGGCCUGGGGACGCCGCCUGGAGCGUCCUGUCCGAGCGAGGCACCGCGGGGAUCGAGACCGUCGCGUUCCACGGGGGGAGGGUAUACUACAUGGACUGGAGGUGGGUCCUCGUCGUCUUCGACAUCAGCCUCGCGCCGCCGGCGCCGGCGCCGCCGCGCGUCUGGCUCAUGAACAUCAGCCAACCCAUGUUCCGACGCUGCAGCUGCCAACGCUACCACGGCGUGCGCGGGGCGCAGAUGGUGACGUGCGCCGGCGAGCUGCUGCUCGUCAUUCUGCGCGUCGAGGGCGGCCACCCGUCCUUCGCCUAG